AUGAACAACGCUAGCAACCGCGGCAGCCAGUCGAAGCGCAACAUCUAUGUCAAAGCUAUUAUCUUGGGCGACAGCGGCGUGGGCAAAACAUCGCUGAUGCACCAGUUUGUGCAGGGCCGGUUCAACAGCCAGUACAAGGCGACCAUCGGCGCAGACUUCCUGAAGAAGGACAUCGACGUGGGCGACGGCCGCGUGGCUGUGGUUUCGUGCUGGGAUACGGCCGGGCAGGAACGGUUCCAGAGCCUGGGCGUUGCCUUCUACCGCGGCGCCGGACUGCUGCAUGCUAACCUGGACAACUGGCGGGACGAGUUCCUGCUGCAGGUGGGCCCGCGCGACCUGGAAAACUUCCCGUUUGUGGUGGUUGGCAACAAGGUCGACAUCGAGGGCAAGCGGGUGGUGUCGCAGAAGCGGGCCAUGGAGUGGUGUGUGGCCAAGGGCAACAUCCCGUACUUUGAGACCAGCGCCAAGAAGGCCAUCAACGUCGACGAUGCGUUUAGGACUGUCGUGCUGAACGCGCUGGAGCAGGAGAGCGAGGAUGUCUACAACGACUUCCCGGAUCCCAUCAGAAUCGACGCCGACACUGAGGAUGACCAGUCGUGCGCCUGCUGA